UACCAUUCAGAAAGUGAGCAGGGAGAGGGGGCGGUGAUUGGUUCAGGCAUCUGUACCCUCCUCUCUUGGUUGGUGGGUUAGGUGCAUGGGAUUUAUUCACAGGGGAGGGAAGGCUCUGUGCUCUGCUAUUGACAUUCAGCACCAAUGCACUACAAGAUCAGUGUGAGAGAGAGCAGAUACCUAACACAGUGCAGAGGCACAGCAACUUUUCAGCAGAGCAUCUAUGCCAAGACCUACUGCGCCCUCUUGCCAGUGAGGAUAUUGGAUACCAGGGCACGCCAGCAGACUUUGUAGCUGUCACUUUACAGCUUUUCCUUCUAUAGAAAGUUUUAGUGGGACUGAACAAAGUGCACAAACCUUGAUUGUGUCUGAAGAAUAUUUCGGGGGUACAUCAGAGCACCCAGGGACAUAUACAGUGACGUCAGAAAGGAUGUUGCUGUCUCACUGGUAUAUCGCGUUUAUCCUGUUGCCGGUUUGUUCGAAAGGCCAAAAACUGCCAACAAGAGAUGAAGAACUGUUCCAGAUGCAGAUUAAAGAUAAGGCCCUGUUCCAUGAUUCAUCUGUGAUUCCUGAUGGAGCUGAGAUCAGCGGUUUUCUAUUUAGAGAUAACCCCAAAAGGUAUUUCUUUGUGGUAGAAGAAGAUAGCACUCCUCUCUCAGUCAUUGUGACACCGUGUGAUGCACCUCUAGAGUGGAAGCUUACUCUGCAAGAAUUACCUGAGGAGGCUAGUGGGGAAGGAUCAGGUGAGCCUGAACCACUAGAGCAGCAAAAGCAGCAGAUUAUGAAUGAAGAAGGCACCGAAUUGUUCUCUUAUAGAGGAAAUGACGUGGAAUACUUUGUAUCUACAAAUUCACCAUCUGGGUUGUAUCAACUGGAUUUAAUUUCAACAGAAAAGGACACACAUUUUAAAGUUUAUGCCACAACAACACCAGAAUCUGAUCAGCCUUACCCAGAAUUACCAUAUGAUCCAAGAGUCGAUGUAACCUCACUUGGAAGGACCACAGUCACCCUGGCAUGGAAGCCAACACCUACAGCCUCCAUAUUAAAGCAGCCGAUCCAAUACUGUGUUGUUAUAAACAAGGAACACAACUUCAAAAGUCUUUGUGCAGUUGAAGCCAAAAUAAACACUGAUGAUGCUUUUAUGAUGGCCCCUAAACCAGGAUUAGACUUUAGUCCCUUUGACUUUGCUCAUUUUGGGUUUUCUUCAGAAAAUGAUGCCAGUAAAGAUCGAAAUUUCAUGUCAAAGACUUUAUCCACAAAAUUGGUCCGUCAGAUGACCGCAAGACCAAAAGAUGAUCUUCAAAAGGUUUGCAUUGGAAGCAAAAAUAUAUUUACGGUGUCAGAUCUGAAACCUGAUACUCAGUACUACUUUGAUGUGUUUGCCGUUAACUCUGCUACAAAUAUGAGCACUGCUUAUGUUGGAACAUUUGCUAAAACCAAAGAAGAAGCCAAGCAAAAAACAGUGGAGCUGAAGGAUGGAAAAGUUACUGAUGUGUUCAUAAAGAGAAAGGGUGCUAAAUUCUUAAGAUUUGCUCCAGUUUCAUCUCAUCAAAAAGUCACCUUUUCAAUUCAUUCAUGCUUGGAUGCAAUCCAAAUCCAGGUCAGACGGGAUGGAAAACUACUUUUAUCACAGAAUGUGGAAGGUGUACGUCAGUUUCAACUGAGAGGAAAACCUAAAGCUAAAUAUCUGAUCAGGCUUAAAGGAAGCAAAAAGGGUGCCUCUAUGCUUAAGAUAUUAGCGACUUCAAAGUUCAACAAACAACCUUUUCCUUCUCUGCCUGAAGAUACAAGAAUCAAGGCUUUUGACAAAUUACGCACAUGCUCCUCAGUCACAAUAGCGUGGUUGGGAACACAAGAAAGAAAUAAGUAUUGUGUUUAUAAAAAGGAGGUGGAUGAUGACUAUGGUGAAGAGCAAAAGAAGCGAGAACAAAACCAGUGUUUGGGUCCUGACACGAGAAAGAAAUCAGAUAAAGUCCUCUGCAAAUACUUCUACAGUCAGAACCUGCAUAAAGCAGUCACCACAGAGACAAUAAAAGGCCUUGAGGCUGGGAAGUCUUAUAUGUUGGAUGUCUAUGUCAUGGGUCAUGGAGGCCAUUCAGUCAAAUAUCAAAGCAAAGUCGUAAAGACAAGAAAGUUCUGUUAGAAUCCAUGUGAACUUGUAUGUGAAACAUAUGCUAUGAUGGUCAUACUGACUACUUGUGCAGUAGAGAGCUUGUAACCUGUCAAGUACACAAUACCUAAAGUGGUGUAGAAUGGUAUCAACUUGUAUACUUCUGUUUACAUAUUGAAGUGGUUGCUUGUAAGUGGAUAUCCUGCUGCUUCUCUGGAAUUUUUGGAGAGACAAAUAUCAUGUCUAAGGCACAAUAUCAGACUCUCGGUAGAUGAAGUAAUAAUAGUAGAUAAUGGAGAAAAAAAGAAGAGACAAUUUCAGUUGCAUCACACAGUGCAUGAACUGCUUCUAAAUUAUUUUACUAAAUACGCGGCCGAGGCAAGUCCUGUGGCUUUAUUCAUACUCACAUAAAUCUAGAGAUAAUAGACUAUCUGUAAAUUAUUUUAUAAAGUCUUGUCUAAAAUGUUUAUGUUCUAUAACUGUAAACUGCAAACUCAUUUCCUGAUAACUACAGAUUGAUCCUAAGUAUUAACUGGAGCUUUCAUUUUCUUGUUAAAUCCUUGGCUAUUGUACAUUCCUACUAGACAGGUUUAUUUUUUAAAUAUGUAUUGUAUGUAUAAAGUUGUCAAACAUAUAUUCAUGUACAUAAAAAAUUAAAAGUACAAGAUUAUAUAUUUCUUUUGUUUACCCAGUGUCUGACACACUAAAUCAAAAUUAAGACUGAAACUUGGUAUUCAAACAUUCAUCAGUUUUAUUGUAGUAUGCCAUUUUGUGUGCAAAAUAUAUAAAUCUAUAAUAUAGUUAUAUUAUACAGUAUAAUUGUAAAGAAAUCACUUAUCAAGAAGAAACUAGACUAUGGAUCAAACAGAGUAGAAGACAGACAUUUGUAUUGUGGUUGGUCUAAAAGAAACAGAUUGAAAAGGGCCACCCGGUGUAAAGGGUAGCAUAAAAAAAGACAUAAAACACACAGAAACUGACAGCACUUUGUAGUCUAAUCCACACAACUAAGCGGUUCAACCUUUUCAAGGUGGUAUUGUGAUGACAAGAUGUUAUUAAUGAGAGGCAUUGUAUUUCUUUCAAUAGGUAGUACAGAAACUGGCUGAACAUUGGUGUUACAUUGUAUCACUCAACAGCAGUAUUUUGUAUUAUUCUAUAUACACAGAAGGCAUCAUGUAGAAUGGAGCACCCAACACCAUAAAAUUACUCUGCAACAUAAAAGUGGGAGUAGAUGAGUGAUAGGUAAUUUAUAAAUGGUUUUAACACUGUAGAGUUAAAUAAACCACAGGCCUAGCGAGCUUACUGCCCUAGCCCUCCAUCUACACACUCUGACCACACCAGUGUGGCCUACUGGUACUAUGGGCAAGAGUCCUUUCUCUCAGCUACCGUUGGUAAAUGGUGAGAACAUUAUAUAGAUGCUUGGAAUAAAUUAAACAUAGGUAAAUUAGUGCAAACAUCCUAAAAUUAGUGUCAAUCCGAUUAUUCUGAAUUGAGCUUGAUUCUGGUACAAACUGAUUGUGCUUUUAAUGCCUCAAAAAUCAAUCUCUCUCUUUCUUUGGAAAAAUUCUACCCAAAUUAAUUGGAAGAAAUUCUGAUUCUACUAAAUCAAUUUGCUAAUUUCUUCAAAUAAUGAAAGUGACCAUAGAUGUACUAGGACUGUGUUCACAUCAUGUUUUGUCCCACGUUAAAGUACACGCAUGAUGUCAGAUGCCUCAGAUGGAGGCCAAAAAAUGGUAUCUGUUAAUGUGUUACCAUAAGACUCCAUUGUAAAAAAAAAAAAGGAUAAAUUAAUGUGUAUGUUUUUUUUUCAGGAAUGAAAAGUGUAGCAUACAUCACCCUUGCACCAUUUUUCUCAAUGUAUAUGUUAACGUGGGAUAAAAAAAAUGACGUGAACAGCCCCUUAAAUGGCUGAUUCUCCAUUAACAGGAAAGCAUGUUAAUUCUAUGGAGAUGUGAAGAUGUAGGCAGCAAAAGAAGCAAUGAAAGAAAACCACUGCAAUUUAUUCCCUCCAACCAACAUCUGAUAUCGAGUCUGUGAUCCACCAUAAUCAUGAUAUUGUCGGUAGGAUUCAUCGACAAAUAUCUGAGCUCCAGGGGCAGCGUCAGUGUACCUGCUAGUCAGUUAAACAAUCUUAAAGUAUUUCUGCACAAAUGUUACUAUCUUUGUAUUCAUUUCUUACUUUUUAUGUUUGUCUUUUUUCUUUUUGUACUUGCUACUUGUGUAAAAAAUGUAUGAUUACAAGGUUCUCAUAUUUCAAAGAUGUAAAAUAAAUGAUACAUUUAUUUA